AUGAAAACUGCCCAGACUCCCGUGCCCUGGGAGUCUCCUCCAGCCGUUGCUUCGAGAUGUAGGCUGGUGGGGGGGGGUGGAUCCAAGCCCCGCGGGGUCUUCACCGUGGCGGCGCCUGGCCCCAGAGGGAUACGGGCUGCCAUCAUGGAGAGCAGCCCUGAGAACCCCAACCGAGCAGUGGAAUACCUCCUGGAACUCAACAACAUAAUUGAGAGCCAGGCCAAGCUCCUGGAGACGCAACGCAGGCGCAUAGAAGAGCUGGAGGGGCAGCUGGACCGCGUCAGCCAGGAGAACCAAGACUUGAGGCAGGAGAGGAGCCCCAGAUCAGCAGCUCCGGACCUCCCAGAGCACAACCACAACAGUCAACCGCUGCCACUCUCCAUCCACACCUUGGCAAACACCUCCAGCUCUCAGGCCCCAGCCGGACCCGUCGCACCUCCGCCAGUGACACCCAGGGAGCGGAGGACCCUGAGUAGGCUGACCCGCGGACUGUCCUGUGGCUCCAACCCCAACGAGCGGCUGGAGCGGACUGACAGCACAGACACCAACUCCAGUGCCACCGUCCGGAGGAAGUAA